AUGCCACCACCUACUAAUACUGUUCCCUUACGAAUAGCGUUUUUUGGAAGUGACCAUUUUAGCUGUGAAUCUCUUAAAAGAUUGCAUCAGUUUCUGGUUCAAACAAACCAAGUGGAAUCCCUUCACCUUGUUACGAGGUCGAUAAAACCAACCGGACGUAAACUCAAGCAAUUCAUUGAAUAUCCCGUAGCAAUUGAGGCCUCCAAGUUGAACAUUCCAGUCCAUCGUGUCGACACUUCCCCACAUUUCCAUGGGUUGCAAUCCUACAAUUUUAAUAUGGCCAUUGCGGUUUCUUUCGGCAAGUUGAUACCCCGUCAUUUUCUUGAAAGCUUGCAAUUCGGUGGUUUAAACGUCCAUCCAUCGUUGCUUCCCAAAUAUUCUGGUGCAUCUCCAAUCCAGUAUGCUCUCAUGAACGACGACAAGUAUACCGGUGUCACCGUCCAAACUCUCCACCCGACCAAAUUCGAUGGCGGUGACAUUCUCCUUCAGUCUGACAAGAUCCUGAUCGAUCAGGAAGACAACUAUACCUCGUUGGAAAAAAAACUAGGUGAGCUUGGAGGCUCUUUAUUGGUUCAAACCCUUCGAGAAAAACGGUACCUGGAUCCUAAACCCUUAAAUUCGCUGUAUCCCUACUCUUACGCCCGAAAGAUCACCCCCAAGGAUGCAGAAAUCAAAUGGUCAAACACCGCUCGCCAAAUCAAACGAAAAUACGAUGCUUUGGGUAAAGUCUAUACCUGGAAAUGGGUUGAAGUUAAGAAGAAAAAUCUGAAGGAACCCGUAUCUGAAUUGCACCGUGUCAUCCUUGACGACAUUCGUGACCAUAGAGAUAACUAUGGCUUGACAGAACCAGGCAAUUACGUAUUUCGAGACGAUCGCUUGUACAUCAAGACUGCUGAUGGGACGCUCUCUGUAAAUAAAAUCAAGCAACAGUACCAUAACGAAGAAACGGCGCAAUCAUAUUGCAAUAGAAGGGGAACAAAUGGAUUUUUUCAGUCGCCUUAA